GUUUGCUAUACACUUAACAUCGUACCACGAUGUGCUGGCACCGCAAGCUCUUCAGCGCUACCACCCGAUCUUCUUUCACUCGCUCUACUCAAGCUCUAAUCCUUACCAGCAUAGAAUACUUUCUAUUUCCUGCUUCUGCUGCCUCUAUUCUACUACUGUUUCAUCCUUUGAGUUUGACUACCCGCACAUAUUGCGCAAUAAUUUGGCCCCCGCUGGCCUGUGCAUCUGUCAAAUACUGCUGAAUUUUAAGCCAGAGGAGUUCACGAAAGAGUCCUUUUUUUUUGCAGACUUACGACCGCAUUCUGAGCAUCAUGACAGAUAAGUGUGCCCUCGAUGCCAACGGAAACUUGAAAUCCCCCUCGAAAAUCAAUUUUAUCAUGAUGCAGAUGACGACGUGCCCAUGGCAAGACCUGAAGCUGCUCCGAAGCCCCAAAUAUCAGAGCCUUGACGGUACGGUUACGGACCAGCCGUCGCCCGUCACUGUACCGUGGCUAUACGGCCGUAUACCGUAUACGGUACGCACCACCGAGGAAGAAGACGCAAUGUCGCAUCCGUAUCAGCUGCCGCCGAAAACUCUGAGCGAGUCAACGUCUGUGAAUCCGAGCGCAGGGUCAGACUGCGACCCUGAAAUCGACAUUAACUGGGUUCUGUAUUCGCCCGGCCAUCCGUUUGACUGCGUGCUAGUAACUUCGAUGAAGAAACAACAGAUGGCUCUACCCUUCGGACAUCUGCGAGCAUUCUUCAAGAUACUCCUCCGUAGGGAAGCACAACGUGCCAUGGAGCCUGAAAGAAUUCGCUUUUGGAAGCCAAAAGAAAACCUCUCCAUCUUUCAGGUAUCUCAAGGCUGGACAGCCAAUCUCAGUAAUCUUAGCGAUAUCGCCACAGAGCUGCCAUUGCCGGCUAAAUUUCGCCUCGUUGCACCUAAACAGAGUGCAGUCGACGAUGGCUCAGGAAACGUCCACGUUAUAGUCACCAUCAAUCCUAAGCUGAACCUUAUCGAAGAGGAGGGUUCUGAAUGCAGGCAAGCGGCUGCGCCGCCGCCGCUGUUUCCGAAUCCCAUAUAUAAGGAACCACAAAAUUCCACACUUCACGAACCACAAUUGGAAGUCGCCGAGCCUCAGGCGAACGCACAGGAACAGGCUCCGAUACCACAAAUUGUCGAUGAUCUUUAUGUUGCCGACGAAAAUGUUCCCAUCGAUACCACGGCGCAGUCAACAGCAGCCGCGUGUAUAUAUAACACGACAAGCGCCAAUACAGAGAACGGGACCGCAAGCGCUGCAACUUCUUCGGCAAGAAACCACCACAAGAGGAGAGAAAAGGAAAAGAAGCCCCGCAAAGUCAAGUUGGAAAAGAAUCGACUGAGACACGAGCGGAAUGUACUGCGCGCAGCGAGGCAUACAUUGCGAAUCGAGGCACCGCCAGGGGUCCAAAUCAUCUUACCGGAGAAAGUACCUCCACAUAACAGGAAAGAGAUGGAUCUUGAGAAAGCUAGGAUUAUGAACGAAGUUAAUUCCUCAGAAAACCAAGUCAUCUUCCUUGAGCCCAACAAGACUUUUCCGGGUCUCGCUGGCAGUCCUCCGAGCUGCUCCGUUUGCAAAGAACCUGUACAGGGGCUACCCGCAGCUGGAAUUCUCGGGUUCAAAAGAAUCUGUUUCGGCGGAUUCAAGGCCUUUCGCAUUGUCCCUGGAGAAAGCACCUAUGACGCCGAUGAGCGGAACGAGAAAACAUUAAAGGAUCGCGUACUGAAGCGCAGUUCUUAUUACCACUGGUCCUGUUUCAAGGAUAUCCAAAAGAAACACUACCCAGAGAAACCUCCGCUUCGCCACGUUUCGGUGGAUUCUCAGAAUUGGGAAAAGGUGCUCAAUGAUAUCAAAGUGUCUACCGGAGGAAAGGAAGGCGAGGACGGUAGCAAGGAAGCUACGUCCAGCCAGACUGCAAUUUAAGUCAGUUACUACAAUUCUGUGAUAGAAUUUAUGUCUUCAUCGCGUAACUUCGUGGAGCUUCCGAUCUCAAGAACCGAGCC